AACAAAAAAAUUUUACUCUAUGUGUAUCAAUUAUUGCAAAUCUAGUUAUAAUGUAUUUAGUUAGCGGCCGGUGCAGUUGUUUUGGUAAGACUUUAAAAUAUAUCUAUAAUUUUGUAAUAAAAAUAAUAAAAAAUUUUAAUAAGGAAUUUCAAUUUUCGCUAGCUUUACAAUGGAAGCUAAUUCAGAAAAAAAUAAAAAACGCAAAGGCAUUUCUUUAGAAACAAAAAUAAAAGUUUUGGACUAUCUAGAGCAGAGAGCUGGCCCAACAAAUGUGGGAAAGAGGCUUGGACUCAGUAAAUCUACAGUGUGGACAAUAAAAAAAAAUGUAAAUGCAAUUAGGAAAUCUGUAGUUUCCGGCAAAUAUGUAAAUGCGAGAAAUGUUUUUAUUGAGGAAAUGGAAUACCUAUUAACAGUUUGGAUUGAGGAUCUCAACCAGAAACGAAUCCCAGUUGAUACUACAACAAUAGAACAAAAAGCUCUACGUAUUUUUUCACUGGAUGGCCAAUAAAAAAGCCUGGGUAACUGGAAAUAUAUUCCAAGAAUGGUUUGCUAAAUGCUUUGUACCAGAAGUUAAAAGUUAUUUGGAGAAGAAGAAACAGCCCUUUAAAGGUUUUUUUAAUAAUUGACAAUGCACCAGGCUAUCCGUUGAUUGAACAUCCUAAUGUAAAUAUAAUUUUCCUUUCGCCGAAUACUACAUCAAUUAUCCAGCCGAUGGAUCAAGGCAUUAUUGUGACUUUUAAAAUGUACUACCUCAAAAAAACUAUUCAGUGCAUUAUGGAAAAACUGGAGGAAAAUCCUGAAUUGGACUUCACCGAUGCUUGGAAAAAUUUUUCUAUCAAGAAUUGCAUCUUGUACGCGUCAAAAGUAAUUUCUGAAAUAAGGCAACAUACGUUAAACGCAUGCUGGAAAUCUCUUUGGCCAGAAUGUGUUAAAAGUGCAAGCUCCGCGGGAGGAGAAAUUCUUGCAGAUAUGACGAGAGAAGAUAUUGACGAGAUUCUUCUAAACCGAGAGCUCGAUGAUGACGAUUUAAUUGAGAUAGCUACGGAAGUAAUCGAAUCGGAAAAUGGCAGCGACACCAAGAUUGACGGGCAUCCAAUUAAAGCAGAGACGAUUAAGCAAGGUCUUAAACUUGCAGCAGAAUUGGAAAAUUAUUUUGUAGCAAAUGAUACUGAUGCCGAGAGUGUACGAAUUUUUCAAAAAGAAUUGAGUCUCUGCAUGUUAAGAUAUAAAGAACCUGAUCGGAAUUUAUUGGGUCUAAAAAGAAGCAUUCAAACAAAAUUAACUGAAUUUAUGGAGCAAACACAGUCGGAGAUGCUAAGUCAAUCAGGGCAUCAAUCCAUAGUUCUUACUAUUGAUUCUGAUACAAGUUCUAGUGUUAUCAGUGCAGAUCAUCACAAUAAGCGGCUAAGAAUAAUUUCCACUACGGAUAAUGACAGUGAUUAAACAGCAUUCAACGGUUAUUUCAAUAAAUCUACCUAUUUUCUAUUUUCUUCUCUUUUAU